AUGGACAAGGUUUUAGGCAAUCCAUGGAGACCCGGUGUUCCCAUUAAGAAUCUCCCGGGCAAUCUCCCUCCUGACCAGAUUCCUCACGAUGUGGACCUUCAGCAUAUCUCCUCGCUGGCUCGACAAGCUUUCGAGAACCUCAGUGAAGAAUGGCUUGUGGAAGAUGCGCUCUGGUACGAUAUGAUGACUCUCACACCACACAUCCGGACGCACUUCAGCCAACCUCAGAUAUUGGAUCUGUGGAAGCAGCAAACAGCUGCGCGACGACCACGCGAUUUUCAAGUUUCCAGUACUCCUCGAGUGGCACGUCUAGCGCAAGGCACAUCCUGGUUAAGUAUCGGCUUUACUUUUCGCAUAUCCGACGACAACCUCGUUGGCAACUGCUCUGGUACGCUGGCCUUUGUUCCGGCACCCCGGGUCAGCAACGGCAACUCUUGGAAAAUCUGGAUGCUGUCGACCGUGCUCGAAAACUACUCAGGCUAUGGCCACCCCGACAUACCGCUCAAAGCACCUAAACAAACAUUCCCACGUCAAGGCAUCGACUACGCCGUCAUCAUUGUCGGUGGAGGCCAAUGUGGACUGUCCCUAGGGGGCCGCCUCCAAGCCCUGGGCAUAUCGUACAUAGUCCUCGAGAGAUCCGCUAUCCCAGGCUACCGAUGGAUAAGCCGCUACGACUCCGUCCGCCAACACACCAUCCGGGAAGUCAACAACCUUCCCUUCGGCCACACAUGGGACCCCUCGGACUCUGACUUCCUGCCCGGCCCCACCGUCGCCCGUGGCUUCAGUGACUGGGUCAAGAAAUACAACAUCAACAUCUGGACGUCUGCGGAGGUGAUUUCCGCUCGCUUUGACGAAUCCCACGGCUGUUGGACCGUCACGCUUACCCGCGACAACCAACACCUCACCCUGCAUUCGCUACACCUGGCCAUCGCGCUCGGCGCAGGUCUCACCAACCCGCGCCGGCCGCCGCCUUACCCAAACGAGCACCUCUUCACCGGAACGCUCAUGCACACGGUAUCUUUCAAGAACAGCGCUCGCUGGCGUGGCCUGCGCGGCCUGGUCGUCGGAUCCGGCACCGCUGCUCACGACAUCGCGCAGGACAUGCACGACCACGCACUCUCGUCCGUGACCAUGCUCCAGCGCGACAAGACGGCCUUGUAUCCACUACCUUGGUACAUCGCGGGCCAGCACGCCAUGUAUAAGCAUGACAAGCCAAUCGAGCCGGCCGAUCGGCUUGUGUACGCCAUGCCCAUCAAGAUCGGCACCGAGGUCCAGAGGCGGAGCUAUGAGCGGUGGAUGCGCACUCAUCCCGAGUAUUUUGACGAAGUCGAACACGCCGGAUUCGGGUUAGAUCGGACCAGUACGCCUAACGAAAUCGUGCUCAAUCACUUCGGCGGAUAUUACAUUGACGUCGGCACCACGAAGCACAUCGUCGACGGAGACAUACGGAUCAGGUCGGGAGUCACCAUUGAACGUUUCACGCCAAAUUCGAGGGAGAUAGUGCUGAGUGAUGGCUCGAAGAUCGAGGCAGAUUUGGUGGUGCUGGCCACGGGCUAUGAGCCGGAUUAUCGUAAGGAUGUGGUGCCGAUAUUGGGAGAGGAGAUAGCAGGGAAAUUGGGACCGUUCUGGGGGUUGGAUGAGAAUGGGGAUAUUCGAGGAUUCAUGAAAGAGCAGAAGGGCGAAGGAGUGCCGCCGGGCUUGUGGCUGCUUGCUGGAGCAGCGAGUCACGCCAGAUUCUACUCAAGGUUUAUGGCAUUGAUGGUGCUGAGAAGUUUGUUGAGUGCAGGUAGAGGGGGGGGCGAGUGGAGGGGAUCUAUGAAUCUAUGA